AUGGUCUUCCAUCAAAAAGAAUUCACCAACCCGCCUCGUCCACCCCCAAUAGGAACACCGUUGUCGUCGCCCAUCGCAAAACCUUGGUACUCCGUGGGCCCCGGAAUAUGGGCACUGAUGCUAAACGGUUCAGACGAGCAUAAUUCCGCACUACAGUGGUGGGAACCGCACACCACUACAGAUCCCAACCAAAUAAUCACGCAUACCUUCACCGAGGAAGUGUGUUUUCUCCAGGGUGGACUAGAGGAUCUAAGACUAGGCCAGUCGUGGGGUGUGGGUGCGUAUGCAUAUCGCAAGCCUGGAAUGGAGCACGGGCCUUACCGGGCAUCGGCAGAGGGGUGUUUAAUGUUUGUGAAGGUUAUACCUCCUCAGACUGAGUGA